AUGGCUGCACCCGGACUGGAAAUGCAGCUCCAGGCGCUCGGAAUCAUUAAGGGCAACCUUCCCACAGACCCUGUCGAUCGCGCCAAUGUGGAACACUGCCUACGCCACGGUUACGUUGUUCUGGAGAACUACGUCACCAAGGAAGAAGUCACCGUUGCGAAGGCUGAAAUUGAUCGGCUGAGUGGCGCCGAUCCAAUGAAGGGUCGCAACACGUUGGAAGGACUGAAUACAAAUUCGCAUAUAUUCACUUUUGAACAAAUGAUGCCUUCUGCCACGUCCCACGUCCCGCAUGCCGUUGGGGAGUGCGAUAAUUCUGGUUUGAAAGCAUUUGAUGAAUUCACUGCCGACAAUGGCGCCACACGUGUCGUCACUGGUAGUCAUCUCUGGGGAGCCGAUCGACGACCCGAGUGCGAGGAGAGCACCCCGAUGGUCUGUCCCCAGGGGAGCGUCGUCUACUUCCUUGCGACGACGUGGCAUUGCGGCGGACCAAAUAAUUCCCCUAACCCACGGAAGAGCCUGACGGUUCAAUACUGUCAGCCCUAUAUCCGACAGAUCGAAAACCAAAUUCUUGCAGUCGAUCCCCGAAGACUCACAGAGAUUCCACAACGCAUUGUCGAGAUGAUGGGAUAUCGGAUUCAUGCGCCGUUUAUCGCCUACGGAUGGUGA